AAUUUUAGGACUUUUGUGGACCUGUUCAGCGAAGAUUUGGCUGAGGUACAUUUUUCAGGGAUAGUGAAAUCUAUUUUGUUGUUUUCUCACCUGCCUCUAACACCUCUUAAAAAUAUUUAAAAUUUGAGUUUAAUGCCUCUUUCGGUCUCUUUCUGUCUGGUUUGUUUUAUUUUCCGAGCGGGAAAUACAUAAAAAGAGUUUCCCAUUGGUCACACUUAUUUAUCGCACAAUGUUAACUAAAAGUGUGCUCAAACACCGCUCCAUCAGUCACAUUUGAGCCGUUGAACGAUAAACCGCGAAUUUUUUUUUUGGAGGAUUUUCCAGUCAGAAAAAUUUCUGGAAAUCUGCGGUUAUGGGAAAUAGUUUCCCUCCAAAAAAUUUGAUGAAGAAUUUUGAGCAAGCCAGAUGACAAAACGAGAAAAUUAACGUUUUUACAGUUGGAAAUUUUUGAAAGGAAUUUGAUCAAUUCUCCACGAUAAAUUCAUAACUUGGCCAAAUAUAAGGUGUACGUGGGUGAGAUUUUAAUUGUGACAAACGUAGAAGGAAGUUCAAUGAGAUGGACAAAACAGUGAAGUGAAUACCUUGAUGUCUAAAUCGUUAUUUCCCAGUUAAAUUUCACUUUUUCCUCCAUCACUGAUUGUGUUCAAGUUCAUCAGGUCAGACUGACUAAUUCUUUACCAAAAAACAUGAUCCCAAAAGACUCCAUCGAAAGCAAAAGUGCAGCAAUGACCGAAGGUCCGUUGAUCGUUAAAUAUCGCAAUGAAUUGUACGAUAUCACAGAAUUUCUCCAUAAACAUCCCGGAGGAAUUGGUCAAUUGGGCGAUUUGGGCAAAAAUACCGAUAUCACUCAGCGUUUCACCCAAAUGCCCCCACAUUCAGCGGCCGCCAAAUACCUCAUGAAGGAAUAUCGUGUGCCUAAUGCACCAAAAACGGAACAAAACGGCAAGGUGCCCAAUGGUACUCACCUCAAUGGACACAAUUAUCAGCAUCGCGGCAAAGAGGCCAACAACAAUGGUGAUCUUCAUACCGCAUUAGACGACAGCAUGGAGUAUUUGGUGGAUUGGUCAAAGGCCAUGCUUCCUCAAAUUGGAAAACUCGGAAGUGAUUAUAUGGAAUGGGUCAAUAAACCAGUCGAUAGACCCUUGAGACUCUUUGGGCCAUGGUACCUGGAGAUGUGCACAAAGACUCCAUGGUACAUCGUGCCCAUCUUCUGGAUCCCUGUUAUCAUCUAUCUAGUCAUUAGAGGUAGUGAGAAUGUUGCAGCAAUUGCAAAUGAGCCUCAGCCAAUUCAAAUUCUUCUGUGCUUUGCAUUGGGAGUUGUUAUAUGGACUCUUGUGGAGUAUUCCCUGCACAGAUGGGUCUUUCAUGCAGACACGAAGGAUGUCAGCAGGACUUUUGCCACCUUUCACUUCCUCAUUCAUGGACUCCAUCACAAAGUGCCAUUUGAUCCGUAUCGCUUAGUAUUCCCGCCAAUUCCCGCCAUGAUCAUUGCAUCGAUCCUUUAUCCUCCGAUCCUUCUGCUUUUCCAAACAUACUCCCUGGUUGCUCUUGCUGGAGGACUUACAGGUUAUGUUGUCUACGACAUGAUACAUUUUUACCUCCACUAUGGAAGCCCAUCGGGCGGUCAUUUGUAUUUCAUGAAACGCUAUCACUAUCAGCAUCAUUUCGUCCAUCAUGAUAAGGGUUUUGGAAUAAGUUCAUCGGUUUGGGAUGAUAUUUUUGGCACAAAAAUCCUCCUCAGGAGUCUCCAGUACAUCCUUCGUUGGAGAUAGAACAAAAUACUUUCGACUGGAUUUUUUACAUAAAUAAAAUUUUAUUACCAUAA